CUCAAAAGCCCCCAAAACUUUCAGCAAUGAAAUCUACCUCUGAUGAAUAAUUUUCUCAAUCCAGUCAAGCCUAUUGGAUUUUGGGUCUCAUUUUUCUUUUUCACAGUGCGUCAACAUUGACAGAAUUAAAAUAAGGAGCCUAACUAAAUUGAUAGUUUUUAUGAAUUGGAAAAAAUGCUGUAAUCAAUGCAAAAUUAGAUAAGGUAAGGAAAAAGAAAUAAAAGCCUGUGUGGACUCAAGCCAAGAAUUCAUCUGUUUGCAUUAAUAGGUUCCAGCAAUGGUACUACAGGCACGGAAAGCCUGUUCGCCACUGCACUUAGCAAGCACACAAGCUUAAAAAUAAACUUUGACAACGUAGAUCUCUUUGUCCUUUCAAGAAUGGAAAACAUUAUGUACUUCAAAGCAUACUAAGACUGACUCUAAAAUAUACUUGGGAUAUUAAUCCUCUAGCAAUUGGGAGAGUCAUUCUAUGGCAUACAGUACAUGGAUGCUUUGUGUGUGUAAAUAGUACAUGAGUCCUGGAGAUCUAGUGAGAAUAAAUGGCACUAAUGAUUUUGAUCUGCUCAUUCAUAGUAAGGAAGAAGCAUCUGUCUUUUAAAGUCCUCUGGAACAGUUGGGUUGCAGUUCUUCAUCAUCCCUAAUCAGGGAAUAUAUUCCUGAGCCAAAUUGCUAAGACAGUGAGUAUUUUGGUAGCAUAGUUCACUAGCAUUCAGCAACACAGUUCACUUUUGAGUCUUUUGGACAGGAACUACAUCUAUGGGAGCAGUGUUCAUGAAAGAAAGAAAACAGUAUGGGACGAUGGCUUGGUAGUAGAAGUGACCUUGUUCAAAGAAUUACAGAGAAGAAACCUUCAAGGAAGAAUAAUAUCAAAGAUCAAAAGCAUGAUGACUCCUGAUGAAAACAUCACCAAAUGAUGAACCCACGAGCUAAAAAGACCUUCUUCUUGGCGGCACCUGACUUGCUGGAUCCUAAAUCUGCCACUCAGAACUCCAAACCGAGGCUCUCAUUUUCUACAAAACCCACAGUGCUUUCUUCCCGGGUGGAGAGUGACACAACCAUUAAUGUUAUGAAAUGGAAGACAGUCUCCACGAUUUUCCUGGUGGUUGUCGUCUAUCUGAUCAUUGGAGCCACUGUGUUCAAAGCUCUGGAGCAACCUCAUGAGAUUUCACGGAGGACUACCAUUGUGAUCCAGAAGCAGACAUUCAUAUCUCAGCAUUCUUGUGUCAAUGCAACUGAAUUGGACGAACUCAUCCAGCAAAUAGUGGAAGCAAUAAAUGCAGGGAUUAUACCUUUAGGAAACACCUCCAAUCAAAUCAGUCACUGGGACUUGGGAAGUUCCUUCUUCUUUGCUGGCACUGUUAUUACGACCAUAGGCUUUGGCAACAUCUCACCACGUACAGAAGGUGGAAAGAUAUUCUGUAUCAUCUAUGCCUUACUGGGAAUUCCCCUUUUUGGUUUUCUAUUGGCUGGAGUUGGAGAUCAACUAGGGACUAUAUUCGGAAAAGGAAUUGCCAAAGUAGAAGAUACAUUUAUUAAGUGGAAUGUGAGUCAAACUAAAAUUCGAAUCAUCUCAACAAUUAUCUUCAUAUUGUUUGGGUGUGUGCUCUUUGUUGCUCUACCUGCUGUGAUAUUCAAGCACAUAGAAGGUUGGAGUGCCCUGGACGCCAUUUAUUUUGUGGUCAUCACGUUAACAACCAUUGGUUUUGGUGAUUAUGUUGCAGGAGGAUCUGAUAUUGAAUAUUUGGAUUUUUAUAAGCCAGUGGUAUGGUUUUGGAUCCUAGUAGGACUUGCUUACUUUGCUGCUGUCCUGAGCAUGAUUGGAGACUGGCUUCGGGUCAUAUCAAAAAAGACAAAGGAAGAGGUGGGGGAGUUCCGAGCACAUGCUGCAGAAUGGACAGCCAAUGUCACAGCUGAGUUCAAGGAGACCAGAAGGCGCCUGAGUGUAGAGAUUUACGACAAGUUUCAGAGAGCCACCUCCAUUAAAAGGAAGCUCUCUGCAGAACUGGCAGUGAACCACAAUCAAGAACUGACCCCAUGCAAGAGAACCCUGUCAGUUAACCAUUUGACCAGUGAGAAGGACAUCCUGCCUCCUCUCAUGAAAACUGAGAGUAUUUAUCUGAAUGGUUUAACGCCUCAUUGCCCAGGAGAAGAGAUUGCUGUCAUUGAGAACAUUAAGUAAUCCAUGGUUGGAAUACUGGUUCUUCAAAAAGCCUUGGUCUUCACAAUGGCAGAGGACUUUGGUAUGCUCUUUAUAACUGAUGCUGUUAGCAUUUUUAAAGUGUGCAUGAGCUCAAAAGAAAAAAAAAACCCACAAAUACCCAUCAUAGUCAUCUACCAUCAAGAUAAAUUGGGAUUCUGAGCCAGCACUAUAUUUUUGGAGAUGCUUGUUGAAUAGCACUACUAUCUUUGAUAGGAAGUGGAACAAGCAAUGUCUAAUGCCUUUCUGUGCCCAGACUGUUUUAUUUUUCUUUUCCUUAUUUUUUCCUAAUGUGCCAUAAGGCCUAAGAAUGAAUUAUAAUUGUUUAUUCUAAUUAUGUAGCUUUGAGGGAUAAGUCCUUAACUUUUCAGGGUCUACCUAACUGAGCCUAGACAUGGACCAUUUAUGGAUGACAACAUUUUUUUUGUAAAUGGCAAGAAAUUCUUAUGCAGCCUUUUACCUAAGAAAUUUCUGUCAGUGCCUUAUCUUAUGAAGAAACAGAACCUCUCUAGCUGUUGUAUGAUUUUUCUGUCCCAUGACCCUCUUCCCUCACCUGCUACCUACUCCUCUUGCCCCCAGUGCUUCGUGCAUGGAUACUCUACAUUCCUGGAAACAGUGUACAAAAGUAAUUGAAGCAAGGAUACCUGACAAAGGAAUGGACGAUGAACAAACUAGAUGGACAUUGGAACAAAGCUCAGAAACCCUAAUUUUAAAGGCACUACAUUUACCAGAGUUGGGAAAAAAUGUCCCCUAAGAUAAUUCUCUUCUUCAGGUCCUACCAAAAAAUAAUCCUGUUUAAUUGUAAUUCAGAAUCGUCGAGCUCCAUGGCAGGUCUCAUUUUUAUGGUAGUUUUCAGAAGUGAUCUCGUUUUUCGUCGAGUGUACCAAAAAAGGGAGAGAAUCCACAUGUAAUAAAUUAUCUGAUAGAUGAAAGCAACUCAAUGCUUUAUUUAAGUUGACUUAAAUUCAUUGGCUUUGCUUAACAAUCAUAGCAAAAAAAAUGGUAAAAAAAAUGUUUUUGGAGCAUUUGCUAAUAAACAGCUUACCACUAGAAUUUUUUUCUUUGAUUUUUGAAAGGGUUGUAAUCUCAUGGCCCCACCCCUGCCCCUGGACACAAGACAAUGAUACUGCUGUUCCAGGGGGGCACAAUCAUUUAUUCUCCAGUGGUUGCUUCCUCUGGAGCUAAGACUGAAAGGAGAGCAGAAGCUGAAACUGGUAUCACUGUGACUUUGCACAUUGAAAAUGUAGAUUGUAGGCAUAAUUCACCCUUGCCAUAAGAGAGAGAAAGCUGUUAUAGCACAAUUUAAAUACUGAUAGCUCUUUUUAGAUAGGAAAGGCUGAUAUUCAGAAUUAAAACCUUUUUUAGUUAAUUUUGUAUCUUCUAGAUUUGUGGAUGUUUCUAAGAUUCAGAAGAAAUGCUACAAAGGUACCCAGUAGAUUACUAAUUUUUCCUUUAUUUUCAUAUCUAAGCCUAUUGUAGAUAAAAAUAAAUUGAAACAACAUGAUUGCCUAAAAUAAAAUUGGGAUAAAUUAUGUAUUGGAUUGUGCCCAAUGAGGCUGUCUUUAAAAAAAUAUUGAUGUUACAAAUGCCUGUUUUUCAAAAAUAAAGAUUUAAGCUAGAAGUGUAAAUAUCCUAUUAACUUGCUGAGGGUACUGUUUUAAAUUUAGGAAAUCUAACACAAAAUUUUAGGAGGCCAGGCUCUUUUAGAAAGAAAGCUACACCCAUUUCCUCAGUAACUGUGUUCUGAAAGUCCAUAUGGUAAGAUACAACUCUUGCCAUGUAUAAACUGUGAAUUGUAUGGAAAAAUAAAGUUUUUAAUUAAAGUCA